AUGGAGGACGACUUCAAUGGCAAUACUUACUUACCAUUUACGGAGUUGAUCCGGCUUGAGAAAGUCGAUGAACGGACGUUUCGGUCGAGAGCUAUUCCAUUCGCUCCUGGUGGACAGUUAGGGCAAAGGCGCACGUACGGCGGCCAUGUGUUCAUGCAGGCAGCCUGGGCUGCGUCUCAGACGAUAGGCGACGGGUUCCUUCUCCAUCAUAUUUCGGGUAACUUCAUCUUGCCUGGUCUUGUCAACAUUCCCUUCGUGUAUAAAGUGCAUAUCAUCCGAGAUGGUCGGUCUUAUGCCACUCGGAUCGUCAAUGUGACCCAAGCGCAGGAGAAGGGUAUCUGCUUCACCUGUACCUGCUCGUUCAAGCGACCGGAGACCAGCCCACUAGAGGUCCAGGAGCGGCUCGAUAUUUGGAAACAAUACAGCACCGUUCUGGAUGGGAAACAUCCGGCUGACUUCGACGAGAUCCCGGGUAUGGACGUUCCAUGGUACUGGAAGCGACGGAAGGAGACGGGAACCAAUGACCAGUUUCCUGGUUUAGAAAUGCGUAAGGUUGAGAUGGAGAAGUACAACUCGCAACGGCACCCUCUUGAUAGACGGCAGUUGAUGUUCUAUCGCACACUGGGAGAUUUGAAGUCAGACCCGAAUCUUCACCUCUGCGCGCAUCUAUACGCCUCGGAUCGCAACAGCUUGUUCAUCGUUGCGAAUCACUUCGAGGUUGGCGACAUAUACACACAGAUGGGCAGCUUGGUGCAUUCGGUCACUUUCCAUGGUGAUGCCAAGGAUGCGCUGUUCGGACCAUCAACGCACACGGACUCGCCGCUCGAUGAUCAGAACGGAAGAUGGUUCGCCAAAGAGGACUGGGGCAGUAGAAUGUCCGGAGGCCGUACCAUGUUUCACAGCCGGCUGUUCUCGGCGAAUGGCACACACAUAGCGACAGUACUGCAAGACGGCAUGAUCCGUGUCACCAAGAAGCCCACAGCCAGCGACGAGGAAGUGCAGAUGUUGGAAAAGCGAGCAGCGGAGUGGAAGCCCAGAACGAAGUUGUGAAACCUCGAAACGGCUCCUCCCUCAUCCAGAGAUCGGCACGCGCAUAUCCAAACGAAAUUUCCCACGUCACACAUUAUCAGUCCACCUCAACCUCUGACUGUCGGUCUCACAGGCACAGAGAAACAUCAACCUCGAACCCGUUGUCAGUGAUGGAGACCUGCGCCACUAGGCAGCAUACCGCCAGAGGUGCGAAACAACAUCUACGAGCUCACACUUUACUGCGACAAACCUUUCGGGCUUAGCUGAUUAAUCGUGUUCGCAAAUUCAGCGGCUCGCUGUAUUGGGCUCCCGAUUCUGAGCAUGAAGCUAAGGAUCGCCACUGCCUCGCCCUCACUAAAGUCUGCAAGCAUAUAAGG